AUCCUAUUUAUCUAUCUAUCUAUCUAUCUCUUUUAUCUUAUCGUACGUUCAUUCGAUAGCGCGAAAAAUCGACACGUGUGUUGAAAAAUAAGUAAAGAAGUAAUACUGUAUAAAGAAAGUAGGAGAGAGGGUGGGGGGUGCAUCGUGCAUCCUGCAACGAGUGAAAGUGUCGAAGAGAUAACCGCGUAAACAUCGCGAAUCACGUCCUGUGUGUGUGUGUGUGUGCGUGUGUGACGAUGACUUUGCUUAUCCGCUCGGGGGAAUGCUCGGCGGCCUUCUCAAAGUGUGCCUUUUUUAACGUUCGAGAAAGAUAGAGGUAGAACAACGGCCGAAAUGAGGAAAUGCUUUACAACUUGGUUUGAAAAGUAUCGUUAUCCAGGAGUUCCGCAUGAUCGAGAAUUGAGUUGACCUGAUUUCGUCCUUGAACGAAUGGAGGAUCGAUCCUCUACGAGCUUGUGCCUCUCUCUCUCUCUCUUUCUCUUGUAUUUCUUUGUUGUUCUCCCUGGACCAUCAUCUCGUUUCGUUCCAUGUUAUACGAUCCACGAUCCACGCACGCACACUUAUGAACACGAAAUUUUCUAAAGGAUAACUUUUAGUUAUUCUGGUUGAACCCGAUGAUUGUUUACCACUGCCAAAUCCGCUCGAUUUAUUCUCGGGUAUUCUUUUGAAGAAGUGUCUUCCGUAAAACAAUACCUUUGAUAAGGGACGAGUGACGAUUAAUCGUAUUUUACAACAAUCUCCGAAUCGUACAACAUAUAUUAGAUACAUGCUAUAAAGAGUAACUUAUAUUUCGCGAUUGUUCAAUCAUUCAAUGUCGUCUUCCUCAAGCGAAACAUAACAAGGUAAAAGAAGCACGCGAUAAAUAGUUUCAAAUAUACAGUGACAAUCUAUAAUAAAGUCAAAAGAAACACGAAUGAGAAAAUGACGAGUGUUGGAAGAUAAGAAGAGGAGGGAAGGAAGGAAGGAAGGGGUGAAGAUGCGAGACGCUAAGAUUUUAUCGGCGAUGAUGAUCCUUCCACUUCUCGGGACGCUAGUCGUCUCGGGAGUGCAAACUUGGGGAUCGUCGAUCGGUCAAAAUGAAAUUCGUGAGAGAUCGAUCGAAGAAAAUGUCGAGAAAACUGGUCAUUUACCGAAUUUGACAAUCGGUUUGGUGGUGCCCCAUACGAAUUUCAAUGCUCGCGAGUAUACGAAAACGAUCAAUCGAGUGGUCAAUAAUCUUCGUAAGGGUCACACAGGAAGAAACAAGGGUCAUGGGAGAUUCACGUUUUUCGACAAGUACGCGUUCACCCAGCACCAUGUCAAGAGUACUAUGCUGAGACUCACGCCAAGUCCUACAGCAAUACUGAAUUCCCUCUGCAAGGAUUUCUUGUCGUUGAACGUAUCGGCUAUUUUAUAUCUGAUGAAUUACGAACAAUACGGUCGUAGUACGGCCAGCGCUCAGUAUUUUCUUCAAUUGGCCGGUUAUCUAGGGAUUCCCGUUAUUGCUUGGAAUGCCGAUAAUUCUGGCCUCGAAAGGCGAGCCUCGCAGAGUAAUCUGCAACUACAGUUGGCCCCUUCGUUAGAGCAUCAAACGGCUGCUAUGUUGAGUAUCAUGGAGAGAUACAAGUGGCAUCAGUUCAGUAUAGUUACGUCGCAAAUCGCCGGUCACGACGAUUUUAUUCAGGCGAUAAGAGAACGAAUUUCCGAGAUGCAAGAUAGAUUCAAGUUUAACAUAUUGACCACGAUACAGUUUACGGAUCCGACAGAUAUCAUAGAGUUGGUAAACAGCGAGUCAAGGGUUAUGCUUCUCUAUUCGACUAGAGAAGAGGCAACGCGAAUACUCAAGGCAGCGCAAGAUUACAAAAUCACUGGAGAGAAUUACGUUUGGAUCGUCACCCAAAGCGUCAUCGAAAACCUUCAAUUUGCCAGUCAGUUCCCGGUUGGAAUGCUCGGCGUGCACUUCGACACGAGCAGCGAGAGCCUCAUCAACGAAAUCAAUACGGCUGUCAAAGUUUAUGCCAAUGCUGUAGAAGACUUUGUAAACGAUCCCGAGAACGCGAACCGCAGUUUGGAUACUCAACUGAGUUGCGAGGGAGCCGGAGAAGCUCGAUGGAAAACGGGCGACUUAUUUUUUAAAUAUUUGAAGAACGUGUCGGUGGAGGGUGAUCAAGGAAAGCCAAACAUUCAGUUCACUCAAGACGGUGUUCUCAAAGCUGCAGAAUUGAAGAUUAUGAAUCUUCGACCUGGACUUAGUCGGCAACUCGUUUGGGAGGAGAUUGGCGUGUGGAAGUCUUGGAAAAAAGAAGGAUUGGACAUAAAGGACAUCGUCUGGCCGGGUAACACGCACACGCCACCUCAAGGAGUACCGGAAAAGUUUAAUCUGAAGAUAACGUUUCUCGAGGAACCACCGUACAUCAAUCUCGCCCCACCCGAUCCCGUCAGCGGGAAAUGCUUAAUGGAUCGUGGUGUUCACUGUCGAGUAGCCAAGGAAUCGGAGUUUACCGAGGUGGACAUUCAAUCGGCACAAAAAAAUGAUAGUUUCUUUCAAUGCUGCAGCGGAUUUUGCAUAGAUCUGUUGCAAAAAUUUUCCGAAGAGAUAGGGUUCACCUACGAAUUGGUCAGAGUGGAGGAUGGCAAAUGGGGUACACUUGAGAACGGAAAGUGGAACGGCCUUAUAGCGGAUUUGGUAAACCGGAAAACAGACAUGGUAAUGACGUCCUUGAUGAUAAAUUCCGAAAGAGAGGCCUUCGUGGAUUUUACCGUUCCUUACAUGGAAACUGGAAUAGCCAUCGUCGUUGCAAAACGUACUGGGAUAAUAUCACCCACUGCUUUCUUGGAGCCAUUCGACACGGCUUCCUGGAUGUUAGUGGGAAUCGUUGCGAUCCACACCGCGACGGUAAUGAUACUCCUUUUCGAGUGGCUGUCACCAUCCGGUUUCAACAUGAAGGUAAAACCUUCAGUCGCUGCGCGGAAACUGACAAAUCCAUCGCCGAAUCAUCGGUUUUCGUUUUGUCGCACAUACUGGCUGGUCUGGGCAGUACUCUUCCAAGCAGCGGUUCAUAUCGAUUCUCCCAGAGGAUUUACAGCCAGAUUCAUGACGAACGUUUGGGCGCUAUUCGCUGUAGUCUUCCUAGCCAUUUACACUGCCAACUUGGCUGCCUUUAUGAUAACGAGGGAAGAGUUUCACGAGUUCACCGGUGUCGACGAUCAUCGACUGGCCAGACCGUGGUCGCACAAGCCUAUGUUUAAAUUUGGCACCAUACCAUGGAGUCACACCGAUAGUACGCUGGCCAAAUAUUUUAAGGAGAUGCACACUUACAUGAAGGCCUUUAACAAGAGCAGCGUUGCCGAGGGAAUCGAGGCUGUCAUAAGCGGCGAAAUGGACGCGUUUAUAUACGAUGGAACAGUCCUCGACUAUUUAGUUGCUCAAGACGAAGAUUGCAGGCUUCUCACGGUUGGAUCUUGGUACGCCAUGACGGGAUACGGUUUGGCAUUUUCACGAAAUUCAAAGUAUUUGCAAAUGUUCAAUAAACAUUUGCUCGACUUUCGGGACAACGGUGAUCUGGAACGUUUGAGACGUUUUUGGAUGACGGGCACUUGUAAGCCGGGAAAAGAAGUUCAGAAAAGUAGCGAUCCCCUUGCGCUUGAACAAUUUUUAAGCGCUUUCCUAUUGUUGAUGAUGGGAAUCCUUUUGGCAGCCGUUUUUCUUCUUCUCGAACAUCUCUAUUUCAAAUACGUGAGACAGCAUUUGGCUAAAAGCGAUGGCGGUGGAUGUUGCGCUCUAUUCAGCUUGAGCAUGGGAAAAUCUUUGACUUUUCGCGGUGCGGUCUACGAGGCGCAGGACAUACUCAGACAUCACAGAUGCAGAGAUCCAAUUUGCGACACUCACUUGUGGAAAGUGAAGCACGAGUUGGACAUGGCCAGGAUCAGAAUACGACAACUCGAGAAGGAUCUCGAGGCGCAUGGAAUAAAGCCCAGUCAGACCAAGAGGAAAACCGGAAGUCUGGCCUGGUGGCGAGGAUGCUUUCAAAGUUCGGAGCGGCAGCGACAUCCGGAACCAUUGACGGUCGAACCGCCGCAUCCGCUACCGCCAUACAUCGAUUCAUUCAUCGACGCGGUCGAAGUUGCCAGGCCGAGAGAUAUGAGCACCAACCAUGUUGUAAGCACUGAAUACGCGGGAACGUUUUUACCUACGGAGAUUUACAGAAUUCCGGGCACGGAAGGGGUAAGAACGGAAAUUGCAGAGAUGGAAACAGUUCUGUGAUCGUAAGAGGAUCGGCCUAGAUCGCCCAGAUGUUAAAAAUCAAUUGAAGGAAGCAAGCAACCAACCAACCAAGCGAGGAGUUCAGAGGAAAAGAGAGAGAGAAAAAGAUGUUUUCUUAUUUUUUUGUCGAUAAAAAUAAGAACAAAAAUUCCGUCGAAUCCAGCACGAGUUUCGAAUUGCUUCCUUACUACCUUCUGCCAUCGCGGAAUCACGGACGACCAGUUUUUUCGUCUCUCUUGCGAAGGUUAAUCCAAAAGAUUUUUCCAAAUCUCGAAGCUCCUUCGCAAACAGCAGCAGGAGAACACUUUCAAUUUUACAACGUUUUCUGCUUAAUCUUAGGGAGAACAGUAUCAUGUAUAUGAUAUCAAAGAAAAAGAAAUAAAAUGAAAAAAAAGAGAGAGAGAACAGCACGAUGAGGAUAAUGUUUGGGCAAGGUUCAGUGCCUAAUUAGCUCGUCGUAUUAGUUCACUGAUAAAGAUAAAUAACGGAGGUCCAUUUAAAACCUCUCUCAUUCUUUAUCACUCUCUUAUAAUUC